GAUGAAGAGCCGGUCUCCUCAAUCAAUAACAAAAAGAGAUCCAAUAAAAAGAAACCAGUUCCUUAUGCUGAUCAGAUGCGAAGUUUAGAUUUCGGUCAUAACACAACAACAACAAAGAUGAUCACUCCAGAACAAUCAUCUCAAACAACAACGAAAAAACGUGCCCCUUCCGCUUAUCGAUGUGAUUUUCCUGGAUGCGAAAAAACAUUUACACGACCUUACAAUUUGAAAUCACAUCGACGUACUCAUACCAAUGAAAAGCCAUUUGAUUGUCCUCAUUGUCCAAAGACAUUUGCUCGUCAACAUGAUCGUAAUCGACAUGCCAAAUUACAUUUAGGUGUUAAACCCUUUGUAUGUUUGUUUUGUCUCAAGUCUUUUGCUCGACAAGAUGCUCUUAGUCGUCAUCAAAGAUGGUCCGAAGAUGGUGUCAUUGUUGGCUGUUCUUCUUUGAAACGCAAAAAUAGAAAAACUUGUGUGAAAUCAUGAUUUUUUUUUUUUAGUAUAUAUAUGUUCUUUACUUUGAUAGUAUAGUUUCUUCCCUUCUUCUUCUUUUUUUUUUUUAAAAAAAAAUUAUGUUUGUAUAUAGCUCUUUUUCUUAUGCUUACUUCUCCAUUCUUUUCUUCAUUUAUCUAUUUCUUUU